UACUGGCGGAAAGAGGGCCAGGGCCGCCGCCGCCGCCUCCUCGUCCUCUAAGCUCCUGCCGACCCGAGUCAAAAGAGGCGCGCGUCCGUGGGCCCGAGCGAGAGCGGCACGCGUGUCACCGCCUCUCCUGACCCGCCUGGGGCUCCCUGCUGGGAAGCAGCCGCCAGCUCCUCAGCGGGGUGGACGAGCUGAGAGAGAGAGAGGAUGGCGGCCACCCACCCGCCCACCUCAUAGCUCCCGCUUUUGUCCGGCGGUGGGCGAAGGACGACAACGACAACAACAAUUGCCCGCCGCUUGCUUCCCUCCGUCCCUCCCUCUCUCCCGGCGGCUGCCACCUCCUCCAUCCGGGCCCGCCUUCCGAGCCGCGGCGCUUUCUCUCCCUUCUCGUCCCGCCUUUUGGGCUCCAUGGCGGCCCGGCGGCGGCCGGGGCUGCUGCUGCCUCCGGCCUCCUCCUCCUCCUUCAGGACUUGAAAAGCUGUGUCUGCAAUCAAGCCUGCUUUGUCAAGGAAAUCCUGAUGUUUCCGGCAACUGUGACAGAUCCAGUGAGAAGAUGAGCAGCUACGGUUCAGAAACAUUGAAGUUUGGGAUACUUACCCGUAAAUCCAGAGAGAGAGAGAAAUUAUAGUGCUUAAGAUAAAAAGAGAUGAAGAACUCUGAAAGGUAACAGAAGGUAGGAUGGACGCUACAGUAAUACUGCCUAUUCUGAAGAAAAAGUUGGCCUUCCUUUCAGGUGGGAAGGACCGAAGAAGUGGCCUCAUUCUAACAAUUCCAUUAUGCCUUGAACAAACGAACAUGGAUGAGCUGAGUGUCACGCUGGACUACUUGCUAAGUAUUCCAAGUGAAAAGUGUAAAGCAAGAGGAUUUACUGUUAUAGUGGAUGGAAGAAAAUCUCAAUGGAAUGUUGUCAAGACUGUUGUGUUAAUGCUACAGAAUGUUGUUCCAGCUGAGGUAUCACUUGUCUGUGUAGUAAAGCCAGAUGAAUUUUGGGACAAGAAGGUUACACAUUUUUGCUUUUGGAAAGAGAAAGAUAGACUUGGCUUUGAGGUUAUUUUAGUAUCUGCCAACAAGCUUACACGAUAUAUAGAACCAUGCCAAUUGACGGAAGAUUUUGGAGGGAGCCUUGCCUACGAUCAUAUGGACUGGCUUAACAAAAGGCUGGCAUUUGAAAAGUUUACAAAAGAAUCUACAUCCUUACUAGAUGAGCUUGCCUUAAUCAACAGUGGUAGUGAUAAAGGAAACCAACAGGAAAAGGAAAGGUCUAUUGACUUAAAUUUUAUGCCAUCUGUCGAUCCUGAGACUGUUCUACAGACAGGUCAUGAGCUUUUAUCUGAAUUGCAACAACGCCGCUUUAAUGGUUCAGAUGGAGGGGUCUCGUGGUCGCCGAUGGAUGAUGAAUUGCUUGCUCAGCCCCAAGUUAUGAAGUUGCUAGAUUCACUCAGAGAACAGUAUACACGGUAUCAAGAAGUAUGCAGACAACGGAGCAAGCGCACUCAGCUUGAGGAGAUUCAGCAGAAGGUAAUGCAGGUAGUGAACUGGCUUGAAGGACCUGGAUCAGAGCAACUUAGAACCCAGUGGGGAAUCGGUGAUUCAAUUAGAGCCUCACAGGCUUUACAGCAAAAACAUGAGGAGAUUGAAAGUCAACAUAGUGAGUGGUUUGCAGUAUAUGUGGAACUUAACCAGCAGAUUGCAGCUUUGCUGAAUGCUGGGGACGAGGAAGACCUUGUCGAACUGAAAGCUUUGCAACAGCAGUUGAGCGACGUCUGUUACCGCCAAGCCAGUCAGUUGGAGUUCAGGCAGAACCUCUUACAAGCAGCGCUGGAGUUCCAUGGAGUGGCCCAAGAUUUGUCUCAGCAACUAGAUGGUUUAUUAGGGAUGUUAUGUGUUGAUGUUGCACCAGCGGAUGGAGCAUCAAUUCAGCAGACAUUAAAGCUACUUGAAGAGAAGUUAAAAAGUGUUGACUUAGGUCUGCAAGGUUUGCGUGAAAAAGGUCAAAGUCUUCUUGAUCAAAUAUCUAACCAGGCAUCUUGGGCUUAUGGAAAAGAUGUAACGACUGAAAACAAAGAGAACGUUGAUCACAUCCAGGGAGUGAUGGAUGAUAUGCAGCUAAGGAAACAAAGAUGUGAGGACAUGGUAGAUGUGAGACGAUUAAAGAUGCUUCAGAUGGUUCAGUUAUUUAAAUGUGAAGAAGAUGCUGCUCAGGCUGUAGAAUGGUUAAGUGAAUUGUUAGAUGCACUACUGAAAACUCACAUCCGACUGGGAGAUGAUGCACAAGAAACCAAAAUUCUGUUGGAGAAGCAUCGGAAAUUUGUUGAUGUAGCACAGAGUACUUAUGAUUACGGGAGACAGUUACUGCAGGCUACUGUCGUUCUGUGUCAGUCUCUGAGAUGCACUUCCAGGUCCUCAGGAGACACUCUUCCGAAGCUGAACAGAGUGUGGAAGCAGUUCACAAUAACUUCAGAAGAGAGAAUAACUAGGUUGGAAAUGGCUGUGGCAUUCCACUCAAGUGCUGAAAAAGUUUUGCAGGAAUGCCCGGAUCAGUCUGAAUCUAUAAAUGAUGAGGAACAAUUUGAUGAGAUUGAGUCCAUUGGAAAAUCACUUCUGGAUAGAUUAACAGUGCCUAUAAUUUAUCCUGAUGGUACUGAGCAGUACUUUGGGAGCCCAAGUGAUAUGGCUUCUACAGCUGAACACAUUAGAGAGAAGUUAAAGCUAGUUUGUCUGAAAAAACAGCAGCUGAGACAACCAGACGUCUGUACAACAGAGAGCUAAUAGUCUCUUACCUGCCAGCUCAUAAAAAUGCCCAUUUGUAACUCAGCAUGUCAUCUGCAUCCUACGCCUGCCAUGAUACAUUAAAAUGCAUUUACACAGCUCUUAUAAAACCUAAUAUUUCUUGAAGUAAACCUAAUUUUACAUCUUAACAGCAUCUAUCAAGCCAUAAUUGUUUAACAUGCUAUGAAACCAUAGAUUUCAAAUAUUAUUAAAAGGAACUGAAAACGUUGCACUGAAUCCUUGCUCUGAAGCUUUACCCAACCUGUCAGGUGCUUCUUUGUCUAAGCGACUGACACCAGCUUUGAAUGGUGCUAAGAAGUGUAGGUUCCACACAAAAUAGUACUUCUCUUUACUCUUCAGAUGAUGUAGUCUCUCUCUCUCUCCCUUUUAAAAAAAAGCCUUUAGGCAAGCUAUCUGUUGUAUAGACAGUGGUGACCCUAUAAAUUUAAUUUGUUCUACCUUUUAAAUUGUCCUUUUUAUUGUGCCAAUAUACAUCCCACCCAUCAAAUCUUUGAAUUUCAUUAUAGUUGAGUUCUUUUCCCAUUUGUAUGGAUAAUGUAUUGACGGCUGUUUUGUGCUUAAUAAAAUCCAUCUUUUAAAAAUCUGA